AUGAGCUGGUUCGGCCUCAGCAAACCUUCUUCCACGGCGGCAGCCGAAGAGCCAAAGGCUGUCCGUGCUCUUCCCGCGAUAUGGUACCAUUCUCCCGCCAUGUACGAGCUGGAGAGGCGAGCCAUCUUCUCCAAGCGGUGGAUGCUCGUCUCUCACAAAGCCCGCUUCGUCGAGGCCGGCGACUUUGUGCGGGUCACAGAGGCGGGUUUCAACUUCUUUCUCGUCAAGGACCGCAAGGGCGAGAUCAGGGGACACCACAACAUUUGCCGACACCGCGCCUAUCCCCUGGUGGAGAAGGACAGCGGGCACAUGAGCGUACUUGCCUGCAAUUACCACGCCUGGUCGUACGGUUUCGACGGGAAGCUGGCCAAGGCGCCCAAGUAUCAAGAGCUGCCCUCGUUCGACAAGAGCAAAAACAGUCUCUUCAAGGUCCACGUCCACGUGGAUAACCUCGGCUUCAUCUGGGUGAAUCUGGACGGCGCGGAGAAGCCCUCGGUCCCCUGGGAGGAGUUCUUCGCCGAGGUCGACACGCAGCCGCGGUUGGAGGGUUUCAACUUGGAUGACUAUCACUUUGAUCACACGUGGGAGAUGUUUGGUGACUACAACUGGAAGACACUGGCAGACAACUACAAUGAGUGCUAUCAUUGCCAGACUGGUCAUCCUGCGGUGGCUGCUUCCACUGAUCUGACGAGGUAUUGGGUUGAGACGCAAGGAAAUUGGAUCCAGCACUGGAACGUCGACAAGGAGACUGUCCCUGGCUUGGGGGUUCACAGCUGCUAUCUCUAUCCGAAUGCAUCCAUGACCGUCACGCCGGCCUUCAUGUACAUUCAGCGCUGCGUCCCCGUCUCAGCAACACAGUCCAAGAUGGAGUACGAAGUCUACCGUCAUAAGACGGCUACCGACGAAGCCUUCAACUUCAUCUCUGAGUUCUUCAAGCAAGUCCUCCGUGAAGACAAGGACCUCUGCAACGGCGCGCAAAAGAACUUGAACGCGGGCGUCUUCCUCAACGGCGAGCUCCACCCCCGCGUGGAGAAAGGGCCAUUGUUCUUCCAGGACAUUACUCGGAAUCUGGUCAUGAGUCACAAGGCGCUUGAAGAUAAAGAGGGCUCCGAGAUAUGGCCGGCGACGCCCAAGCAUGAUGUCUCGGACAAGACUGGGGAAGACGUGUCUUUCUGUCGUAGUCUCGACUGCGGAGCUACUUCGGGCCAGAUUGAGGGGUUGGCUUGGUAA